CCAGAGAUGUAGAGUAAAUAAAUCUUUUUUUUUGAAAGCGGAAGUAUAUAUUAAUAGUGUCCUAGUGUUUGAACUUGCGAGAAAGAUUCAUGUUUAAUAUUGUGUGAUCUAAUGGUAAUGAGGAAAAGUUGUGCACAUAAUUCGCCUAUCUUGAAUGAUGUUAUCGAGAUUUUUAAUUAAGCUAAUGAAGCUUUAGAUAAGGCUAGAUGGUCGAUACAAUGUCUAGACAUUUGUAAACGCGCGGCUUAUCAAUCGUCAUGAGUGUUCGUCAUGAAUCGUGGGCGUGCGAGGGAGAACUCGAGUGAUUAAGAUGCAUAUGUGGUAUUGGUUCGGUGUAGAUCUAGACAACUUCCUGUUUCCAGGAUACAACAUCACAACGGUAUGGGCUCUUCUGGCAACGUGCUUGGGCUUGGCUGCACUCGCAGUACUGUAUGAGGCCAUGAAAGUUUUUCAGAUCCAUUUGCAAGAGAUUGGGAGAAAAUCUGUAUCUAGAACGGCCUCAGCUUCUUCUGAAAGUUCCUCUCUUUUAUCCAAAGUAACACCAAAAAAUUUUAAAACUUCUACAAGAUGCGUGAUUUGCUCUAAAUGGACACUGCAAGUAUUACAUUGGUUUCUUCAUACUAUACUCGGUUACAUAUUAAUGAUGGCAGUUAUGACAUACAAUGCUUAUUUCACAAUUGCUCUUACAAUUGGGGGAUGUUUAGGAUAUUGGAUAUUUGGUCCUACACUCGUACAAUUAAAUAUGCAACGGUUUUAUCACAAACAAGCACUCAUGAAAUGUGAUGAGAAUUGUAAAGAUAUCUUUACGAAUCAACAAAGACGCGAAUCUGCAGUCUCUAUUGUUGCAGAACAAUUAGUCACAGAAGCAAAUAUCGAAGUCCACAUAUCGAGAGACACGUGAGUUUUAUCAUCAAACUUUGUAACAGAAAGUCUAAUAUUAUUCGAAGUAGUUAUUGUAUAUUAUAUAUUUAUAUAUGUAUACACAGCAUAUUUUUAUAUUGAUGUUUUCUUAUAAGCUACAAAGUAAAAAAAUAUGCAAUAUAAAAAAGAUUGAUCGGCCUACUAUUUAUUUGCAACUUACAUGAUAUCAUUAUUUGAUUUUUAUAUGCUAAAUAUAAAAAUAGGUACACAUAUUACACAUACAUAUAUAUAUUUUUUGGAGAUAUAUAAGAUAGAUUUACAGAUAUUUAUAUAUAAAUAUAUAUCACAUACAACAAACUCUCUUUAGAGUUAACAGGUUUCUUAGAAAAAUUAAUAAUAUUUGCAAAAAAUAAAAAUCUAAAUCUGUAAUCUAAAUACUAAAUAUGUGAUAUGGAUAAUAGUAUAAAUUAUAAUGAUUUAUGAUUAAUAGUAUAAAUUAUAAUGAUCUAUAAUUAAUGAUAUUAAUAUCAUAUUAUUUUUGUCUCAUAAUAUUCUUGUAAUAUUAUAAACAAUAAAGCAACCAAAUAACUGUGUA